AUGUCGCGGCUGGAUCUAGGGAGAAAGAGGAAAAGUUGUCACAGCUGCCGGUGGCUCCUGCCCCCGAGAAAACCUCCUUCCCCACGUCCCUGCCCUCGGGACACAAGCCGCGGGUCCGGGAAUUUGCGCGACCCCCGGGAGGGCACGAGAGCGGCGAGCGGCACCGUGUCUCCGCCCGGCGCCGAGACCCCCACCCGGCCGCCGGGGCCAGACGAGGCCCGCGUCCACGUGACCCCGUGGCGGCCGGGCCGCGGGCUGGAGCAGAGGACACGAGUGACCUCCGCCCGCGUCCCACCCGGGCAAGCCGAGGCCAGGGGUCCCCAGAACGCGCCCUUCCUGAGCCCGGAACCCCCGCCGCCUCCCCUGCCCCUCGGGACCCCCGGAACACCCGACGACCCCCACCUGGAAAGAGAAGGAAGAUGGCAGCAGGGUCACGUGGCGGUCCCCUCGGGGCUGGGCGCAGAGGCGGAGCCACGUGGGUGCGGGAGUCGCGGAGCGCCGGGUUCCUCCCCGGCUGCUUGCCUUUCCCCUCCCCGGUCCCCUGCAUACCCAGCCCGCCCCCACUCCCGGGACCCUGCGCCCUCCUCCCGGGACUCCCCCAGCCCUGUGGGCCACCGGGCGGCUAAGGCUGUGUCUGCGUGGACACAACUACUUUCCACGCACACGAAGGUGAGCUGCGCGCCGCCCUGGCACCGCACGCGCACCCCUGACCCGGCUGCAAGCUGUGGCCCCUGCCCACGUGAGCUCGGGCCUGCCUCUGAGCAUGCGUCCGUGGACACCUUUCCGAUCCGGGAGGUAUUCUGGGCACUGUCGCCUCUCAUCGCCACACCGCCCUGGAGUCCAGGCUGCCGUUUGGAGGAGGCCAUGAGGGGCAGGAGAGAAGCAGGGCCGGGACCGCGAGGUGUGCUCCAGAGCAGCGGGCCUUUCGGGGCUAACCUGCAUGAGGGAUGCCAUCGGCUGCGCUUUACUGGCAGUUUCAUUGGGCUCUGCUGCAGAAACCCCAGAACCACAAAGAAAUGCGCUCUGUCCAACAUGAUGUACUUCCAGUUUCCUCUAAGCAAGGACUCAUCUCCAACAUUCACAACAUUCAACAUGUAACUCCCCAUGAUUAUCC